AUGGCUUAUUUAGAUGCACCUCAUAGCAGCUAUAGUGUUAUACAAGAGAACGACGAUGGACAGGUUGACAGUUUGGCACGAGCACUGCUGAACAGUAACUUGCCGACUCGGGAAUUAAGUUCAGUUCAAGCAGUGAUGACUGAUUAUGAGGAGUUACAGCCAAAUUUACAAACAUUGGCUCAUAAUGAUUCUUUACUAGAAAGAAUUGAUAAUCAUUCAAGAGCUGACUGCGAGACUGUUAUUAAUUCUGUAGAUUCUUUAAGAAGUGUAGGUAGAAUAUAUCGAUCUCUUACAAACGAAAAUCUAUCACAAGAGGCUACUGAAGUAAUCAACGUCGAAGGAGGAAGACUAGUAAACAAUCUUUUAAAUAUAUACUCAAGAACUACGGCAGAACUUCAGCAAAAUACUCGUGUACUAAGACAAGCUGUAAUAGACAAUACAAGAACAAGAGACGAUCCAACAACAAACACAUUGCUUGAACAGCAGCUUCAAAUUACAGAGAAUAUCUCAAAUGAUCCACGAACGGCCUAUCAACAAGUAUCGGAAGCAUCAACGAUUAGCAGUCAGCUACUAGUCCAUAUCGAAGAUCUGGAGCCAAAUGAAAAUGCUGCAGUACGAAUAGCGGCACGAGGCAAUGCUCAAUAUUUGAAAUAUGCUGUCGGCAUUUUCUUUAUUGGUGCAGCUGCUGUAGCUAUGUGCGCUGGAGUUACAUAUUUAGCCCCUGUUGUCAGUGGUGCAUUGGCGAGCUUAACUACAACUUUUGGUGGCGAACCUAUUGCCAUGAUACCAGUUGUUAUGGCCUUUGAUAAUUUUAUUGAUCGAUUUUAUUUACAUAUUUUACCUAAAAUUCGUGAUACAAUCGAAGGCUUUGAUCUUGAAUCAUCAUCUAUGAAACAUAUUUUACGUGCUGCUCAUUAUCCAAAUUUAUAUACUCUUGAUCUUUAUAAUAUUGACGAAAAGUUAGUUCGAUCUCUUUUUACUGGUAAGAAAGUUGCCAUUGAAUUGUUUUUAUUCUAA